AUGGCUGAGGAAGAGUUUGAGAUCGACGUCUACGGCGACUCUGCCAACGACCACGGCGAUCAGGAUCACGGCGAGGACCAUCGCGGCGACGCUGACCACCAUAACUAUGAUGGAGAAGACUCCCAUGCCCGCAAUGGCGACGGCAGCCACCACGAGGACUACCAUGAUGAUCGCAGAGAUGACAACGCCCAUGAUGGUGGCGGCGAUUCCAGCAACCAAGGCCAAUCCCAUGAUGCGGACCAGCAGCAGCGCCCGCCGCAGGGCGUCAAGCGUAAGGAGGGCUCAGACGAUCGUCCAAUCGACCCAGGCGCUACGUCGGCGCUCAUGAUUCAGGACCUUAACUGGUGGAACACUGAUGAUGAUAUCCGCGGCUGGGUUCGUCAGGCCGGCUGCGAGCAUGAGCUCAAGGAUAUCACGUUCAGCGAGCACAAGGUUAAUGGCAAGAGCAAGGGCCAAGCCUAUGUUGAGUUCACCUCCCAGCAAGCGGCAACCGCCACAAAGCACGUCAUCGACGCGAUCGGCAAGCAGGCUGAGAGCCAGCCAGGCGGACGCCGCUACAACGCCAUCUACACCAACCCCAACCACAACCCCUUCCGCACGCUGCCAAAGGAUGCCCCCAACCGUGCAGCCAAGGACGCACAGGGUCGGGCGGCGCCCGUCGGUCCACCCGGCUAUGGACCUGGCACCGCUAACUUCGGCAACAUGAGCACCAACUUUGGCACCGGCUUCCGCGGCGGUCGCGGUGGUUUCGCGGGCGGCCCUCGUGGCGGAGCGGUCGGUAUGAAUCAGGGAUUUAACCGCAACUUUGCUGGGAAUAAUAUGGCUGCGUUUAAUAAUAAUAUGGGAUUCAAUAACCCUAUGGGUGGGGGGUUUGCGGGCGGUGGGUUUAACCCCCGUGGUGGCAUGAUGGGCGGUCCCGGAGGCAUGCGCGGUGGCCCUGGCGGCAUGAGGGGAGGCCGUGGCGGGAUGAAUAUGAUGGGAGGCAUGCCGAUGGGCGGUGGGAUGCCAAUGGGAGGAAUGCCGGGUCCGAUGGGUGGUAUGGGCAUGAUGGGCGGCGGGAUGGGAGGGGGUAUGGGCGGUGGUAUGCCUGGCUUCCAGGGCAUGCAGCCCCAGUUCAACAGCUUUUUCAAUGCCGGUAACCAGCCCAAUGAAUGGCAGAAUCCUCACGGCGCCAAGCGUGCCCGUGGCGAGUAG